AAAGGGAAAUAUAGAAGCUACACGAUUUUGACAAAGUCUCUCAUGUUUGAUUUUGCAAGGAAAGACUGAAAGAUGAAGAAAGAGAUAGAUAAAGAAAGAAAAGAAGAGUCGAUGAAGAAAAAAGAAGUAGACGAUGAAGAAGACGAAGAAAAAAAGUACAAAUAGAGAAAGAAUAUUCAUUAUACUUUUUUGAGUAAUUAAAUUAUAUAUAUAAUCUGAUAAUAGUUACAACUUCCAUCCAACGACCCACUCAUCAUAUACCAACUUCCAAACGCUAAAGUAUUUUCGUUUUCACUUUUAGGGGCAAAUUUGUCAUAAAUUCGAUGAAAAAGUUGAAAAAAUGCCUCAUCUCUGCAAAGUGCCUCAAAUGGAAUAAAAUUUUCUAAAAGUGCCUAAACUUGUCACAUUCCUAAAAAGGAAAUCACUCAGUAUUUGAGCACGUGAGUGUCACGUGCUUACAAGUUUAUUAUUUUCCGUCGCCUCAAAUUUUAUUAUUUUCGCUUCGCCGACGUAUUUCUCUCUCUUCCGUCUAGUCUAGCUCUCCGAUCAUGUGGGUGACGAAUACCGUACUUCUAUAUCGACCCAAUUCUAUGAACCGAUUAACCUUUUCUUACCCGACCCGACUCGCCCACUCUCGUAAAGCCUCUUCCUUUUCCCGUUUCUUUCGGUCUUCAAAGAGGAAGAAGCGGGUUACGACAUUGUCGACGAAGAAACCAGAUGACGAUCACGAGAUAUCGCCAGUUCCGCCGGAGAAAUUCUCCGCUGAUUUGGGAUGGUUAUCGGCUUUUCCUCAUGUAUCAGUUGCUUCUAUGGCCAAUUUUCUCUUUGGUUAUCACAUUGGUUUGUUCUUGCAGAGUGAUGAAUGGCCCCAUCGUGUCUAUUGCGCGUGAACUUGGGUUUGAAGGCAAUUCUAUUCUUGAGGGUCUUGUUGUGAGCAUAUUUAUUGCCGGUGCAUUUAUUGGUAGCAUAGUCGCCGGUCCACUAGUUGACAAGUUUGGCUACCGACGCACCUUUCAGAUUUUCACGAUACCCCUCAUUCUUGGUGCCCUUGUGAGUGCACAAGCUCACUCCUUGGAUGAGAUCUUAUGUGGAAGAUUUCUUGUUGGUCUUGGUAUUGGCGUCAACACAGUUCUUGUUCCAAUAUAUAUAUCCGAGGUUGCUCCGACGAAAUACAGAGGUUCCCUUGGAACUUUAUGUCAAAUUGGCACUUGUCUCGGGAUAAUCUUUUCUCUUCUCUUAGGGAUUCCUGCAGAAGAUGACCCUCAUUGGUGGAGGACAAUGCUCUAUGUAGCGAGUAUGCCUGGUUUUCUUCUUGCACUUGGUAUGCAAUUUGCAGUAGAAAGUCCCCGUUGGCUCUGUAAGGUUGGACGACUUGAUGAUGCCAAAGUAGUGAUAAGAAACAUCUGGGGAGGAUCUGAAGUCGAGAAAGCUGUAGAAGAUUUUCAGUCGGUUAUGAAGAAUAGUGGCUCCAACUUAAAUAGCAGAUGGCUGGAACUCCUUGAUAAACCACAUUCACGAGUUGCAUUCAUUGGGGGCUCCCUUUUUGUCCUACAGCAAUUCGCGGGCAUAAAUGGCGUUCUUUAUUUCUCAUCUUUAACAUUCCAAAAUGUUGGAAUCACGAGUGGUGCUCAAGCAAGUCUAUAUGUUGGAGUCACAAAUUUUGCAGGUGCUCUGUGUGCGUCUUAUUUGAUUGAUAAGCAAGGAAGAAAGAAGCUUCUUAUCGGUAGCUACUUGGGAAUGGCAGUCUCUAUGUUUCUUAUUGUUUAUGCUGUUGGUUUCCCCUUGGAUGAAGAUCUGAGCCAGAGUUUGUCAAUACUUGGAACACUCAUGUAUAUAUUCAGUUUUGCAAUUGGAGCUGGUCCUGUAACAGGUCUCAUCAUCCCUGAGCUAAGCAGCAACAGAACGCGUGGAAAAAUCAUGGGUUUCAGCUUCUCUGUACAUUGGGUCUCCAACUUCUUGGUUGGUUUGUUCUUCCUGGAUCUGGUGGAGAAAUACGGGGUUGGAACGGUCUAUGCCAGCUUUGGCUCAGUAUCAUUGUUGGCAGCGGCAUUCUCACACCUCUUCACGGUGGAAACAAAGGGUCGAUCACUAGAAGAGAUCGAACUGUCUUUGAACUCCAGAGACGACCUGAGUUAAAAAAAAAAACGGUAUAAGUGAAAGAAAGAGAGAAAGACCUCAAAAUUUUUAUCAGUUUUUCAUCAGUUGUUGUAAAAUGUAAAUAGCCUGGAAAUUAGCUUGUGAGAAAUCUUGUGAGUAUAUAGAUAUACUUAGGUAUGUAAGAAAAGAUUUAUAAAAAAUGCGAAAGAAAGUUGACAAGGAUUACACAAAAUACAUACUUAUGAAAGGUUUGUGCCUAUUUACAAGUGGUAAG